CCCCGAUUCUCUGUAUCACACGCUCUCUUGCAGCUGUACAAAUGUGCCGACUUUGCUUUUCUCCUUUAUAGUAGCUAGUCCGUACACCUAGGAUCCUCUAGGCCUUGUCUGCCCUUUGGAAUUCCCGGAGCGAUGCGACCCAUCUCCACAAUCGACUCUGCCUCGACCUCCAUCUCCGCGAAUAGCCAGCCGCCCGGAGUACUAUACAGGUACCGUAUACGAGUAUAGAACAGCGCGAUUAUGUCCGGUAAAUCCUCCUCACCACGGUCGGCGCAUGAAGAUCCCGGGUCAUCCAAACGACGCGCGAAUGCGCCGACGAAGCCGUCCAACUCGCCGCGGAACUCGACGAAUAGCCAGAGACGUGUGGUAGAAGAGGAGGACCGGAAUGAGCAGUCUCCAUUGCUUCAUCCCAGUGACUCGGAGGAUGACAGUGAGGCCGACGUGAACUCUCCGCUGGGAAGCGAUGAAUGGCAGCUUCACAAGGGCGAGGAGACGAAGACGUUGGGGUAUUUGAUCCUGUUGACGGUUGGGCAGAUUGGACUGCAGAUUGGAUGGGGUGUGGAAACUUCCUAUGGGUCGCCAUUUCUUCUCUCCCUCGGGAUCAGCAAAUCGCUCUUGUCCUUAGUAUGGCUUGCCGGACCAUUAUCGGGCGUCAUCGUCCAGCCAUAUGUCGGUAUCAAGAGUGACCGAUGUAGGAUGAGAUGGGGCAAGCGGAGACCAUUCAUUGUCGGAGGUUGCAUCGCGACGGUAUUGUCGCUCCUGUCACUCUCAUGGUCCAGGGAGAUCGUCGGGGGAUUUCUUGGACUAUUUGGCGCGGAUCGAGAGUCGUCGGGUGUCAAGACCUCGGUCGCAGUGUUUGCAGUGAUUUUUGUUUAUGUUCUCGACUUUGCGAUCAAUACUUUACAAGCGGGACUUCGAGCGUAUAUCGUCGACUGCGCUCCGACGCACCAGCAGGAUACCGCCAAUGCCUGGGCAUCACGACUGAACGGCGUCGGCAACAUCGCUUGUUUCCUUGCCGGCGGAGCCGAUCUCCCCAAGAUCUUCCCCUUCCUAGGAAAGACCCAGUUCCAAGUCCUUUGCGCCAUCGCAGCGCUCGUCAUUGCGUUAACCAACAUCCUAAGCUGCGCCACCGUGCACGAGCGCGAUCCUCGUCUGGACGGCGAGCCACCCGACCGGGAAGACGGCCUUCUCCACAUCCUCGCCGACCUGUUCCGCGCGUUCCGCCGACUCCCUCCGCAGAUCGAGAAGAUCUGCCUCGUGCAAUUCAUGGCCUGGCUCGCCUGGUUCCCGUUCCUCUUCUACGUGACCACCUACAUCGGCGAGAUCUACGUCGAGCCGUACCUCCAAGCCGAUCCGCACAUGGACCCGGAGAAGGUCGAGGAGCUGUGGGUCCGCGGCACCCGCGUCGGGACCGACGCACUCCUCGUCUUCGCCCUGAUGACACUCCUCGCAAGCAUCUUCCUCCCCUUCAUCAUUGCGCCCGCCUUCAUCACGCCCGACCCCUCCGGCAACGGCCGCGCCAGCACCGCGCUCACCCCCACCACUAGCAUAUCUGGAUCCGGCCACCUAAAACCGCAAUCCAAGAAAUGGAGUGCCGUCCGCCGGGUCCUCAACACCUGGGAGACGCGCAUCCAAAUCGACAGCCUCACCCUCCGCCGCACCUGGCUUCUCUCCCACUUCGUCUACGCCGCCCUCAUGUGGCUCACCAUCCUCGCCCGCAACGUCACCUUUGCCAAGAUCAUCAUCGGCGCCGUCGGAAUCCCCUGGGCCGUCACCAUGUGGGCGCCGUUCGCGCUGAUCGCCUCUGAGGUCUCGAAGCGCGACGCGAUCCGCCGGGGCCUGAUCAAACCGCCGCCGACCGUGGAGGGGAACCUGCUAGCAUCCGGCGAGGAUGGCGCGGUCGAUCAGGCGGGGGUGAUUCUCGGGAUUCACAACGUUGCGGUGUCGGCGCCGCAGGUACUAGCGACACUGAUUUGUAGUUUGAUCUUCAAGUUGCUGCAGAAGCCGCGGGGGACGCCGGGAGAUACGAGCGUGGCGUGGGCGUUGAGGUUUGGGGGGUUGUGUGCGGUUGCGGCAGGGAUGUUGACGUUUCGGGUUGGGGAGAGUGCGGAGGGGGUGAGGUCGAAUCGGUGAGGCCGGAUUGGUGAGAUGGGAGGACAGCUGAAGGGGGCCGGUGAGUAUGUGCUAUGAUUUGCACCAGCAAGAGGCGCAUCGGAUGGCAUUCAGGACCGGCGUUGUUCCCAUACUUUGGACGUAUGCGAAUGUUUGGUUGAGGCAUACCUGGAUGAGAAAGUUUUUACUUUUGGAUACGGCCGUGGUCAUCAUGUAGGUGGCUCAUCUGUCAGAUCAGUCAGUCAGGCACCAAGGGAAUCGAGUAAUACAGAUAUACCGUACCAUACCAUACCCAACAUAGAUAUGCAUGAUUCCAACGAGUACGGGUCCGAGUCAGAUGUACUUGCAAGUACCGACAUCUAGCCAGCUUUACCCACCAUACCGUUGGCUCAUCAGAAACUCAUUCACGGAUCUCAACGUCGCCCUCGAUGGAUUCGCGGUUGAGGACGAGGAGACUAUCCAGCCUAGCCGUCGGCGUAUGAAGUCCUUGUCGAUCCU